AGAUUUCUCAUUGUGAGAGGUGCAGGAGGAGUGAAGACUGGGCUGCUUUUCUAGCUACUGUAGGAACAACAUGGAGAGCAUGUUGAAGGGCUGGGUUCUGCUAAUUGUUCUCUUCUUGGCUUCCUACCAAGUGGCAGCAAGCCCCCUCUCCUGGCAGAAAGAUUGUGCAGGAGGCCCUGAGAGCUGGUGUCAGGAUCUGCAGACUGCAGUGGAAUGUGGGGCGGUGGAGCAGUGUCAGCAGACUGUCUGGAAGCAGCAGCCGGUGAAAAGCAUCAAGUGUAAUGUGUGUAAAAUACUGGUAUCCCUGACGGGGAGGAUCCUGCAGGACAACUCUACAGAGGAAAAGCUUCGUGUUUUCUUGGUUAAGAAAUGCCAGUACCUUCCUUUUCAGGAUUGGUCAGUCAAGUGCAAGAAGAUGGUGGACAAUGGCGUAAUGAUUCUCCUGCAGUUUGGCAAACAAAUAUUGGCUAACCCUCAGGCAGUGUGUGGUACCUUCAGGUUUUGCCUAUCUCAGGAGAGUCAAAUGGGUGCUUUGAAGUUUCAGAAGCCACUGCAGUCUGAUGGGAAAACGGUGAUGGACUUCCCUGAAAUGGCAUCUCCCUACAUUGCUAAUGUCCCUCUUCUCCUUUAUCCUCAAAACAAGCCCCAGCAAGAGACCUGGCAGGAAGGAGAUGUGUGUGGAACCUGCAUUCAGCUGAUAGCUGAUAUUCAGAAAGAAAUGAAAUACAACUUCUUCCUUGAGUCUAUAGUUGCUGAAACUAAGGAGGAGUGUGCACACUUGGGACCUAACAUGGAUGACAAAUGCAAGAGUUACAUCUCUGAGUACUCACACUUAGUUCUCCAGUUGCUGACAUACAUGCAGCCGAAGGAUAUUUGUGGCUUGGCUGGACUCUGCACUUCCCAGAAAUCUGUUCCCCUCAUGACCCUGUUCUCAGCUAAAGUGAUGAGCAUGCUUAAUGUGAUGGAGCCGGUAGAGGAAAACCAGGGCACAGAGAAAUCCACCCCCCUGUGCAGUGUGUGUGAAAUGGUGAUAAAGACAGCAGAGAAUCUGUUGGAGAACAACAUGACAGAGGAUGAAAUAGUCCAUGGAAUAGAAAAGGUCUGCUACCUCCUACCACAUGGGGUCUUGGGGCAAUGUAAAGACUUUGUGGACUCCUAUGGCAAGGCUGUUGUUGUCAUGUUGUUGGAGGCGACUAAUCCUGAAGCUAUAUGCAUCAUGCUGAAAUGCUGUCCCAAACAUUCGACCCCUUUACAAACUGAGAGAAAUGCCCUGGAACAGGCACUAGUGAACGCUGAUCAGUUCUGCCACGUGUGUCAGAUUGUUAUUAGUUACAUUGAUGACGAGCUGCUGAAGAAUGAGACUCUGAUUGAAAUUGGUGAUAUGCUUACGAAGGGCUGUCAGGUUCUGCCAGACGUCCUGAUGGAGAAGUGUGAUGAACUUGUGGAGCAGUAUGAGCCUGGUGCAGUACGACUCCUGGUGCAGAUGAUGGAUCCUAACUUUGUGUGCACUAAAAUAAGAGUCUGUAGAGCCUCUGAAGAGGAUCUCAUAGGUGCUGACCCAUGUGUCUGGGGCCCAAGCUACUGGUGUAAGAACAUGGAGACUGCAGUUGAAUGCCAUGCUGUGGAGCAUUGCAAGCGUCAUAUAUGGAACUAAAAGAAUCCUUUCCAACUGAACGUGUUUGCCGUGGUUUUGAUCAAGCAUCCUGGGAUUUGUUUGUGUGGGAAUUGGUGAGAAGACUGGGUCGGUGAAGAGAUCUGUACCUCUCCUCUCUCUCCUGAAAGUCAUACACCUUCCUGCUGAUUUGCAAUACUGCUGCCAUUUGUAAAACUCAUCUUCAGCAUCAACUCAGUCAGCCCUAAGAAUAUACAGUGCAUUGUGAAUUGGAAGCCGUGGGGUGGAAUGUCCUUAGGUAGAUAGAGGGGAGUGGCAUACAGUGGGCUGUUUUUUUAUAUGAAUAAAUAGCAAUUUGUCUGACUAAAAGCAAAAAUAGAUCAGAGCAGACUGAUCGCAUUGACAUUCUGUGAUGGAUUGGUGUUGGAUUCUACUGCAAUGAUCUUGAGUGCUUUGCCCAUACUUGUGGCUAGAGAAGGAAGGUUCAGAUUUUCAGAUCAGCCUAAGGGAUUUAGGAACUGAAACCGAAUGGGAUUUGGUCAUGUAAAUCCCUUAGGCUCAUUUAAGAAUCACAUCCUAAAUUAUCCUAACCAUGUAAGUGAAAAAGAAUGGUUCUGUACUGGAACUGUUCUUAUGUCCUCUGGAGAGGAAAGGCUGGCUGUGUGUGUCUGCAAACAACCUGAAAUAAACUCUUAGGGCCAGAUGCUCAUUUGGUGUAAAUUGGCAAAGGCCCUGUGGUUACGGUAACUUAUGCCAACUGGGAAUCUGUUCCCAAGUGCCUGAUCAUUGUAAGACAAGAAAAGGACAACUUAAAACACAUCUGGUUUGGCAAGAACUGUCCCUUAGCUGUCUCAGCACCUGUGUCUCUGGUAUAGUUUGGGGGGGGGGGGGGGGUGGAGGGAGGGUCCUUUGGUAGCCAUUUUAAAACACUAACUUCACUAAAUUUAACACUGCUUCCUAACUCUUUGAUACUUUUUAGUCCAUUCUAAACAUUGUGGGAUUUCAAAGCUGAAUGACAUUUUUUUAAAACCCUUGAUUUUAUAGCUUUUCUUUUGGUCUCUACAAAUUCUUGAAGUGCUUAAUGUUCAGAUGAGAACAGGGAGGCACAAGGUAACUGCAAGUUUUCUCUUCCACAUAAUUUAAGCGUGUAAUGGUGACUACAGAGGCAUCUGUGUUACCUGAGGAUUUUUCUUGACAGCAGUGAGGAAAAUACUGCUCUCCUUACCUCAUAGUAUCUCUGCCCUAGAGUCACUGGCUAUGUGACAUUGAUGCAAGUGCAGCAAACUUUUGCCUGCUAGACUAGAUUCAAGGCCUGUUUUUGAAGUCAGUAUGGUCAUGUCUUUUGUUCCCUGGUACAGGAGAAAUGAUUGACAUGAGAGGAAGUAGUAGAGGGGGGAAGGAUGUUCCUCAAAGUCACUUGGAUAUUACUAUGGUGAACACAGUAUAAAUGUCUGUAUAGAGACCUAAGGAGAGGGAACACAUUUUAAUUCAAGAGGCCAGGCUCUUGGCCUUCCCUUACCCUGAGCUUCUGUCCAGCUGAGGGGAAAACACGCAGCUUCUUUUCAUAGACACUGACCUUAAAUUGUGCAUUAAAGCUUCUGUAAUUAAAAACAAUAAAGAUUUCCUGUAAACCUGG